AUGGCGGGCAUCGGGCUCGACUGGAUGGGCAAUCCGGCCGCGCCGCCGCCCGCGGCGGCCGAAUCCGAGGAGGGUGAGCCCGCGGAAGAGGUCGAACCGUCGGCCUCGGCACCUCCGACGAUUGCGCAGAUCGCCGAGGAGCACGAGGAGCGCCCCGCCGAGGAGACGUCGGAGACCGCGGCGGAUCCGGAUCCCCGGUCGCCGGUGCCGGUGUCCAUCGCACCCGGGGACGUGCGAGAGCCGAACGCGGACGCCGAACCCGCCGGUGGGAAGCGGAACGACGACGACGACGACGACGACGACGACGACGACGUAAUCGACGAGGUUGAGUUCGUGCGAGUGCCGCUCGCUUCCGCGCAGCGCCUCAAGAUCCUCGACCGCGGCCCGAAGGAGGAGCUGGAACGAAUGCACGCGCAGGAUCGCGGCGGCAUGCUGACUGAGAUUCGCGUGUGCAAGGCGCUCCUGCGGCAGGCGUACCCGCUCAUGAGCUCCGAGGAGCUCGACGAGACGCUCCGAAAGCACGUCGCCAAGCAGCGCGCCAAGGCGGAUCCGUCCAUCGACGUCUCCCGCGUGCCCUUACCGAGCAUCACGAACGAGGCGAUGGACGACGGGAUGGCGAGGACGCUGCUCGUGUCCGCGCGCGAGCGCCUCCUGGAGCGCGAGCGCUCGUUCGAGGACGCCGCGUCGCGAGCCGAGGCGAAGAUGGAAGCGAAGAUUGCGACGCUCGACCGGCUCAGGGAGGAAGCCGACGCGCGCGCCGCCGCGGCGCGGGACGAGGUCAGCGCGCUUCGCGCGAAACUCGAGCGCGCGAACGAGACGGCGGCGAUCGCCUCGAGCGGCGCGGUGUCCUCCUCGCCCUUCUUCGCGUCGAAUACCAAAACCUCGGGGGCUGACGGGGCUUUCGGAUCCCGACUAACCCCGUCGGUCGCGCUCGUCGUCAACGUCUUCGACGGCGCGCAGCCUUCGGAGGACCUUCGCGAGGCUGCGCGCGAGGCCCAGACGAGUUUAAUCGCGCUCAAGCUCGAGCGAGACGCCGCGACCGCCCUGGCAAAGGAGACCGGCGAACUCGCUACGCGUUCCGCGGAUCGCAUCGACGAACUCGACGGUUCGAUCCGUACCCUGACGAAGGAUCUGGCGGACGCGCGAGAGGAGGCGGAGUCGUGGCGGCGCGUCGCCGAUAGCGCCAAGACGGCGGGGGCGCAACGGGCGGAAGCGUCAGCCCGGGACGCGUCGGACCGGGAGCGCAGGCUGCAACAACGCGCGGCGGCGCUGGAGAACGACCUCCGCGUGGCCAACUCCAAGACGCAACGGCUGGAACGUUCGCUGGCGACGACGAAGGAGCUCGCGGACAAGGCGUUGGCGGACGAGAGACUCAAGUUGGACGCCGUGCAUGAACGAAUGAACGCGGACCUCGAAGGCCUUCGAACGGAACGCGACGCCGCCGUCGAGAGCCUUCGCGUGGAGCUCCUCGAGGCGAGGGAGGCGGCGAGCGACGCGGAACUGAGGGCUAAGGAGGCGGAGGCGGCGAGCGACGCGCUGCGGUACGAGAUGGAGGAGACGCUGGAGAGUUCGUACAACUCGCCCACGAAGAAGGCGGCGGAGCUGGAGUUGGAGCGGAUGAAGAAGCGGCUCGCCGACGCGGAGCGGCGGGUGCAAGCGCUGACGGAAGAGGCGAGCGAACGAGAGCGGGAGAUGUCGUCGACCAGCGUAUCCAAGGUCGAGGGAGGGGACGACAAGCUCAUCGAAGGGGACGACAAGCUCAUCGAAGGGGACGACGAGCUCAUCGAAGGGGACGACAAGCUCAUCGAGGCCGACCAGCCGACCUCAGCUUUCGACGAGUCUUCGCCCGCUUCCAUCGCCCGGUUAGCCGCCGAGCGCGACGCCUACCGUCGGCGCGCGGAGGCGGCGGAGAAGAAGGCGGAAGCCGCCGCGCUGCUGAUGCGCCCAGUUCCGAUGACGGAUGAGCUUCGGCAGAUGCGCGAGGCGGCGACGAAGGGCGAGGCGGCGGAGGCGAAAACCGCCGGCCUCGAAGCGGCUUUGCGCGACGCCGUCGAAUCGCUUCGGGACGCGCGGGUCGCCGCGCACGACUCGUCCGAGGCGUUGAGGCGCGAGCGUUCGGAGUUUGACCUGUGGAGGGAGCGCGCGCGGGGUCUGAUGGAGGAGAAAGACGCCGAGCUCGACGCGCUCAGGCGUCGGCUCUUCGGCGGCGACGGGCAUCAUCUCGAAACGGCGUCGUUUCGCGAAACAAACGGAACAACACACGCGAUGUCCGCCGAGGAUUUCGAGCACUUCAAGGGCGCGAUGCUCCGGUUCCUGCUCGCCGAGGAUUACGCGACGCAACAGGCCAUGAUGCCGGUGCUCGCGGCGCUUCUACGCUUCGACGAAGACGAAGCCGUCAAGGUUGGCGCGUCGCGGGAGAAAUGGGAGCCGGUGGAUGUCACGAUAGGGAAGCAGCUGCCGGAGAGCUUCGAGCAGGCGGCCAACUCGCUGACGGACACGUUGGGUUUAGGGAAGCUCUUUUAG